GUUCCAUCUGUUGGUGAACUUUUGAACUAAAUGGAAGAAAAAAAUUGUGAUGUUUAUUAUUAUCAAAUGAUUCGUUGAGUUGAUUUUGUUACUCUUCACUUGAUUGUUGACUGUUUACUUUUUGUUUAUCGUUACACUUUUGUGGCCAAUGGAAAAACUAACCAAUGUGCACAGUUUCCAAGCUAAUCUACAACCAUUAGAAACUGACCUUUGGCGAUCUUCGAUCACUGGUAGCAAGAGGAUCGGGCGUUGGUUUCACCCAAACAUCACCGGCCCUGAGGCUGAAAAGAUGCUCAUGGAAAGAGGUUCAGAUGGCAGUUUCUUGGUCCGUCCGAGUAAAUCAAAUCCAGGGGAUUUUACAUUAUCAGUAAGGAGAAAUGGUCAAGUGACACAUAUUAAAAUUCAAAACACUGGUGAUUAUUAUGAUCUUUAUGGUGGAGAAAAGUUUGCCACAUUAGCCGAAUUAGUUGUUUUCUACAUUGAAAAUCAAGGACAAUUGAAAGAGAAAAAUGGUUCCAAUAUUGAGCUGAAAUAUCCAUUAAAUUCAUCUGAUCCAACAAGUGAACGAUGGUUUCAUGGAGCUUUAUCAGGAAAGGAAGCUGAAAAGCUUUUACUUGAUAAAGGUAAAAAUGGUAGUUUUCUUGUUCGUGAAUCAAUGAGUAAACCUGGUGAUUAUGUUUUGUCGGUGCGAACCGAUGAUAAAGUUACUCAUGUUAUAAUUAGAUUUCAAGAUGGUAAAUAUGAUGUCGGCGGUGGUGAACAAUUUGAUAGUCUAUCAGAAUUAAUUGAAUAUUAUAAGAAAAAUCCAAUGGUCGAGACUUCCGGGACAGUGGUACACCUAAAGCAACCCUUUAACGCGACCAAAAUCACCGCUUCGACCAUCGAGAGUCGAGUUAAGGUAUUAUCCAAGGAGAAUGCUCAAAAUAACGGGAAGGCCGGUUUUUGGGAGGAAUUCGAGUAUUUACAGCAACAAGAGUGCAAACAUUUAUAUUCAAGGAAAGAAGGUCAAAGGCCGGAAAAUAGAGCCAAAAAUCGUUACAAAAAUAUUCUACCUUUUGAUUAUACUCGUGUCAUUUUAAGAGAUGGUGAUACCUCAAUUGGAUCUGAUUACAUCAAUGCAAAUAUAAUCAAGCCUGAAGAUGAAGGUACUGGCUCUUUGUCAACGAAAACUUAUAUUGCCACCCAAGGACCUUUAUCGAAUUCUGUAGAUGAUUUUUGGCGAAUGUUGUGGCAAGAAAAUUCUCGUGUUAUUGUAAUGACCACGAAAGAAGUAGAAAGAUCCAAGAAUAAAUGUGCUCGUUAUUGGCCCCAUGAAGGUCAAAGUAAAGAUUAUGGUAAGAUUAAGGUUAAAUGCUUAUCAGAAAAACCGCCCAAAGAUUAUAUUUUAAGAGAAUUGGAAGUUAGUAACGAAAGUGAAACGGAAACUCGUACUGUUUAUCAAUAUCAAUUCACUGCGUGGCCUGAUCAUGGUGUUCCUACUUACCCUGGUUGUGUGCUUAAUUUCCUACACGAAGUAAAUGUUAGACAAGAAUCUAUUGAAGGAGCUGGACCGAUAAUUGUUCAUUGCAGUGCUGGAAUCGGUAGAACUGGAACUUUUAUUGUUAUCGAUAUGAUUAUUGAUCAAAUUAAGAGACAAGGAUUGGAUUGUGAGAUUGAUAUUCCAAGAACAAUUCAAAUGGUGCGAUCUCAAAGAUCAGGACUUGUACAAACGGAAGCUCAAUACCAGUUCGUUUAUCUGGCCGUUGAACAUUAUAUUGAAACUUUACAACAGCGUUUACUGGCCAAACAGCGAAGUCUCAUCGCGGGUCGUGAGUAUACCAACAUAAAGUACGCAAGCGGAGACCUUCCAUCUACUAUGAUGAAUCCAAAGUGAUGAAAAUAAUAAUUCUUAAUAAUUCGGGCCCUAAUUAAGAUUACGUUGUUUCCACCAUUCCUUGAACUUUUCUCGAACUUUUCUCUUCAUCUUCUUUUAUCCGUUUCACCUCAACAAUUGUUAUCAACCAAAACUCAUCUAAAAACGACAUCAAAACGUACACACACAUGAGAAUUGACGACAUUUUCCGGACAAAAUAGAAAAAAACGGAAGACCUGAGAUCGAAAACGAAAGACCAUUGGCCAUUAUUCUCGUGUCUCUUUCUACAUUUUUAUUUUUUACGAUUCCGUUGUUCUUUUUUUUUCGUUGGACUUGAAAGUAUUUCUUCAUCAUCAACUUUUUUACACCAAUGGACGGAAAUUGGAUAAGGUUUACAUUAUAUUAUUCGUUGAUAUAUAUAACUUUGUUUUUCGUUUACAAUCGGAAAUUAUCUUCUAAUGACAAAACAAAAGAUUGUGUCUUCUUGAUGCUCCAAUUUUCCUGUUCAUCAUUUUCCAAAUCUCAUCAUCAUCAUCAUCAUCAUCGUUAUCUUCUCAAUAUGUUCAACUUAUAUAUAAGACGAAGCCUUAGAAAUUAAACCCAAACUCUUAUGGUUGUAUCCCAGGAACCAGAAGCCAAGGCCAUUCCAUCCGGUGUUAAAGAUAUUGUUGAUACUCUCGAUUCGUGGCCAGAAAGGUUUCCUGUUCCAGAGAUGUACCGUUAUAUUAUGAAAAAAUAAUAUUAUUAUAUAUUAGAUUAUCUAUUGAGUUUAAAUUACCGUUAUAACUAUUUAAUUAACAUGGAUUUACCUGCGUGUUUUGAUUUAAGUAUAUCCCACAUAUGAAUUGUUGAAUCAUCUGAUCCUGCCAACAGAAUACGUCCAGAUAAGGAGAGAGCACAUGAAGUGAAACCACUUCGUGAAUUUGGUGAUUUAUAAGCUGUUAUCUCUUGGUCACUUCGAAUAUCGAAAAGUCGACAAGUUCGAUCCUCUGAUCCUGUACUGAAAACAAAGUCACUUCGAUGAAACUAGAAGACAAAAAGAAAAAGAAAACGGAAAGAAUCCAAUCAAAUUUAUCCAAGAAAAGAAAUUAACAAAUCCAAUAUAUCACAAUUGAUUAUUAUGUAUUAUCCAUGAGCCGAAUCAUCAAAAGUUAACAAACAAAGAAAAAGUAAUCAAAUCAAUCAAUUUAAAGAAAAUGGGCUAAUUACAUUGACAGAAGUUACAUCAGCUUCAUGGCCAAAAAACGUCUGAACGGGUUUAUCGGUCCUCAAGUCCCAGAGCUGAAAAAUCAUCAAGAAAUUUGAAAGAGACAAAAGAAAAAGUUAUUCCUUCCGAUAUAAUUACAGAAUUAUUUAUAUUUAUCAAAGAUAUCUGAUGAUUAGAAAUGGCAGUUUCAUCUUUCCUGUAAAACAAACUGACCACAGUCCAAACCAAUGGACAUUGUAAAUAUAUAACAUGCUUCUUGUUUUCUUGUUUCGAUGAACACUUUUGUCGGACAUUUCGAACCAUUGAGACAAAGUACAAACCUUAGCAGUUUUAUCAACCGAUCCAGUGAUCAGAUUCGAUGAAUCAUGAGAAAUGGCACAAGAAAUGACAUCACCAGUGUGACCUCUAAACUCUUUCACCUUUGAUCCAGUCUCAAUAUCCCAUAGGACUCUGGAAGAGAAAGUAACCCAUCAAAAGUAAAGAAUUAAAGAAACAAACAAUUAAAUCAAGUUGAUUAGUAUUGGAUAAAUAUAAUAAUCAAAAUGUAAAUCUGAUAAAUUAACUCAAAGAAAUCAAAUGAUAUAAAACAUGACGGAAGGACAAUAUUACCAAACAACAAUUGAUUAACUAUCAUGAUGAUGAUCAAACACUCACAAACUCCAAUCAAAUCAAUUUUAGGCAAUUGGAUAAAAUUUGUUAAUUGUUUACAACAACAACAAAAAAAAACACACCAGUCAAUUGUUGCCAAUUUUGUCCUGGCAAUACUGUUGUUUUUUUUAUAUACUUAUUAUUAUUUCAUAUGACUAUUAAUAUCAUUACUUUGAUUAUAAUAUUAUUUAACUACAA